AUGCCUGGUCUUAGUGGUAAGCCCCGGGAGUGGGCCUUGAACAAGAACCGCCUCGACGUCUUUGUUACCCGCCUGCUCUUAGGAGGGGCCGCCAGGGGGCGCCUGUCGGGUGUCCCUGCCCAAAGCAAACAGGCAGUUGAGGAGCCCCGGGACCUUGAAGAUAAGGCUUGGACGAAAUAUAUCCGGUGCGAGGGUCGGGGGGCAGAGGUGUGGAGGGUACCGAAGACAGAGGCACUAGACGUGCUCAGAGAGCAGCGAGAGAGCGGCUGGGGCUUCGACGCACGGCUAUGGAACCCGUGGGGACAACAGCGCAGGCCAGCGCCCCUAACCCACCGCCGCCCCGCCCCCUUUUCCUUGAAUGGGCCCUUUCUGAGCCAGGCCGACCCCUCGGUGCCCCCGGGCCCUUUGACUCACCUGAGCCUGCUGGACAGCUCAGAGGCGCCGCUACAGAGCGAUGGGCCAAGCCUCCUGGGGAGUUGGACCAGGUCACCCCCAGAGCAUGCUGCCAUCCUGAGGGAAGGGGUGCGUACAUGCCUGCAGCAAAGAUGUGAGCAGACUGUGUGGAUCCUGCAUGCCAAGGUGGCUCAGAAGUCCUAUGGAAAUGAGAAGAGGUUCUUCUGCCCUCCGCCCUGUGUCUACCUCGCCGGCCCAGGCUGGAGGGUAAAACCAGUGCAAGACCAAGCCCACCAAUCUGCGGAGACCGGGCCCACUGUCUACGGUUACAUGGGACUGGACGGUGCGUCCGGCAGCGCUCCGGAGACGCAGAAGUUGAAUUUCGAAGAGCAGCCGGACUCAAGGGAAUUUGGUUGUGCCAAGACCCUGUACAUCUCUGACGCCGACAAGAGGAAGCACUUCCGUCUAGUGCUGCGGCUUGUGCUGCGAGGGGGCCAAGAGCUGGGUACCUUCCAUAGUCGCCUCAUCAAGGUGAUCUCCAAGCCCUCACAGAAGAAGCAGUCGCUGAAAAACACAGACCUGUGCAUCUCCUCGGGCUCAAAGGUCUCCCUUUUCAACCGCCUGCGCUCCCAGACAGUGUCCACACGCUACCUCUCUGUGGAAGAUGGGGCCUUUGUGGCCAGUGCCAGACAGUGGGCAGCCUUCACACUCCACCUGGCUGACAAGCACUGUUCCCAAGGGGACUUUCCACCCCAGGAAGGUUACAUCCGCUAUGGCUCCCUGGUGCAGCUUGUCUGCACAGUCACCGGCAUCACACUGCCUCCUAUGAUCAUCCGCAAAGUAGCCAAGCAGUGUGCCCUCCUUGACGUGGACGAACCCAUAUCCCAGCUGCACAAGUGUGCAUUCCAGUUUCCAGGUGACACUCCAGGAGGGGGUGGCACCUACUUAUGCCUUGCCACAGAGAAGGUGGUGCAAUUCCAGGCUUCCCUCUGUCCCAAGGAGGCCAACAGGGCACUGCUCAACGACAGCUCUUGCUGGACGAUCAUUGGUACUGAGUCGGUGGAGUUUUCCUUCAGCACCAGCCUGGCCUGUACUCGGGAACCUGUCACUCCAGUGCCCCUCAUCAGCACUCUAGAGCUGAGCGGCGGAGGCGAUGUGGCCACGCUGGAGCUGCACGGAGAGAAUUUCCACGCUGGGCUCAAGGUGUGGUUUGGAGAUGUGGAGGCAGAAACCAUGUACAGGAGCCCGCGGUCCUUGGUGUGCGUGGUGCCAGACGUGGCAGCCUUCGGCAGCGACUGGCGCUGGCUGCGCACUCCCAUCACGGUGCCCGUGAGCCUGCUGCGUACAGAUGCGCUCUUCUACCCCAGCGCCUUCUCUUUCACCUACACCCCGGAAUACAGCGCGCGGCCGCGGCCACCUGAUGCGCACGAGCCCGCCCCUGACGCAGACGCGCUUCUCGAGAGCAUCCACCACGAGUUCACGCGUACCAACUUCCACCUCUUCUGCCCCAGCUAGGCACCUCCACCCGCGGCUGACACCCACGUGCGCAGCUGUCCCUCGGGAGUUUCUUGCCCCUUUGCUAUGAAAGGACAAGAGGGAGGGAAAUUCCUCACCUGUCCUCAGUCCACUCACUGCCC